UGAUGAUUAUUUAUUUAUGUUUAUUCUUCUCUUUAUGCCAUCCGAUAGCUGCAGUUCAACCGGAAGAAAGCUUCCGAAGAACUCAAGUGGUGGUGUUAGGCGCUGGCGCCAGUGGGAUAGCUGCUGCAUUGACGUUGCAUGAUAUGAAUAUCACUGAUUUUAUACUUGUGGACGCUCAGUCUUUCUUAGGAGGUCGUGUACAACAUCAUCCCUUUGGUCAAACCAAUGUUGAACUGGGUGCUAAUUGGAUUUAUGGAAAGGGUCGUAAUCCUAUUUAUCAACUUGCUCAACAACAUGGUUUGAAAUCAAUUCCUAAUGAUAAGAAAAAUGUUGUGUAUUUUUCUGAAGGACGUAUACCUCAAGACCAAGGCCAGCGUAUUUCUGAUUGGUUCGACUCUACCAUGGAACGAAUGGUGCAGUUUGCUGAUGAAAGGAUGAAACGAAACCAAGUGGAUCUUUCAAGUCGCACGGCAUUACAUCUUUCUGGCUGGAUACCUGAUACUCCUUUGAAGGCUGCAGUGGAAUAUUUCGCUGUCAAUUGGGAAAUGGCAGAACCUGCUGAACUAUCUUCUUUGGAUUAUGCUACUGGUACUGUUGAUACUGUCUCUGGUUCGUUUCCUCUUGGAAAUGAUUUUGUGAUAGAUCCACGUGGAUUCAAUUAUAUCUUGGAACAAGAGGCGAAGACGGUUUUGAAUGAUAAUGAUUCUCGAUUGCUUUUGAAUACGCGUGUGACGGAUGUGAUCUAUGGUGAGGAGAAUGACAAUAAAGUGACUAUAUUGACGGCCAAUGGAACAAAAAUCAUUGCCGAUCAUGCUCUUUGUACCUUUUCAUUAGGUGUAUUACAACAUAAUGAUGUCCAAUUCAAACCAGACUUCCCUGAAUGGAAAAGAGAAGCCUUGUAUAGUUUUCAUAUGACUACAUAUACCAAGAUAUUUGUCAAAUUUGAUACCAAGUUUUGGGGAGAUUGGCAGUUUGCUCUUUAUGCCAGUAACAAAACACAACAUGGAGGUGAUUAUACAGUAUGGCAAAAUCUUGUAUCGGAUAGCAAACAUGAUAACAUCUUAAUGGUAACAACGACAUUCAAGGAAUCAGAACUGAUAGAAGGCAAGACGGACAAACAAGUGAGUCAGGAUAUUCAAAAGAUAUUACAACGCAUGUUCCCAGAGGUCCAUGUGCCGUUCCCUACAGAUAUAUUGAUUCCUCGAUGGCAUCAACAUCCUCUCUUUCGUGGUUCUUAUUCCAAUUGGCCCAUUGGCAUGUCGGUUCAACAUCAUGACAAUAUGCGAGCCCCUCUUCCUUUGACAACGCCUCAUUUAUGGUUUGCAGGUGAAGCCAUGUCUCGAAAAUACUAUGGAUAUCUACAUGGCGCUUGGAUGGAUGGACAACAGGCAGCUACGGCAAUAGGACAAUGUAUUCUACUCAAGAAUUGUUCACAUUAUCAUCAUCACCCUUUGGUCACUGGUUGCGCUAAGGAAUCCCAUCUGAAUAGACUACAAAGGACAAGUCGAUCAACGGAUAAUUCAGCAAGGUAUCAACAAUAUUCUUUUCUUCCCGUGCAACAUCAACAACAUCCAUUCCUUCAGGAUCAAUAACAACCCAAAAUAGAAAGGAAUAAGAAAAAAAUGGAUUAUAUAGGCCGGUUAGAUUAGAACGUUUAUUAUAUAUUUAUAUCUUUUUUUUUUUCUUUGGACUCUUUAAUAAUAAUAAUAAAAAAACACCAAUAUUCCAC